AUGGCCGACGUCCGAUCACUACUGCGCAGUGAACUAGCUUCCCGCAAGGGCACAUCUCAACCAAAUACGACAGGAAAUCGGGUCACCAAAAAGCGCAAGGUUGACAGUGGAGAUGGAGCAAUGCGAAAGAAGAUCCGCGCCGCAGAACUAGACACAUUUCAGUCUAUCUCUGGCGCAACAAGCACCGAGCAAACCACAGAGGACGAAGGUUCGGAGCAAGUCGAGGAUGAUAUCGCCGGCCCAGAACCUCCACUCGAAAACGAACAGGAGAUUGUUGAGCCAACUGCAGACCUCGAAGAACCAACCGCGCAGCCGCCCCAAGAUCCAUCCGCGCCUAUUGACGAAGAGGCAUGGGCCGCAUUUCAACGCGAGAUCGCCGAGCAGUCAGAGGAGCCACAUGCACCGGCCGCUGUUACAGCCGAGGCUACGAUAUCCGCGGCCCCCGUGACAGCUGCAGAAAUUGCCGCGCAGCAAGAGAGAGCGAAGGCAUCGACAGUCCGCACUCGUGAGGCAGAGAUGGAAGGGGAGCGAGAGGAUGCCGCACGGCUUUUGGAGGAAGAGUUUGAUGAGAUGGAUCAGUUGGAGGAGCGGGUGCGCAGGCUCAAACAAAAACGCGAGGAGCUGCGAAAAGUCCGCGCCGAGGAGCAGACACAGGAUGAGCCGAUGGAAUCUAGCGCAGUGGAGCAGGUUGAGAGCGAGAGUGAAGACGAUGACGACGAGGAUUGGGAUGAUUGGAGAUUUAAAUGA